GACGGUAGCUUGAACCUGGCAAAAUGCAUUUGGAAAGCCAUGCAAUGCGGUGUCGUGCAUGCAAACCUUGUGUGGAAGCAAAUACUGUAAACACGUUUUCUGGUGCAGAUUUUUAAGGAGGGAAAAUAUAGUUGUUCAAAACUACUGAAUGAUGUGUCCUCUUGCCUGAGUAUUCAUAUCUCCCGGACAUAUCUGCUCCAGGGUCGAUUUCAGGUGAUAUACAUCCUGCUUCAGGAUAUUCCAGUUCCUCUAGCCAACCGAGAUAAGUGUUGAGCCCUUGCAUUCAUAUGGUGAACAUGCUAUGGUGUUUGCAUUCACCCCCUCAAAAUAGUAGGGGUUUUCCAUGCGCUUGGAAUAAGACAGACUAAGUUAAGAGAAUUGAAAUUGUACACAAUCUGUGAGGAAGUCGGGUGCCCUAAUUUGGCAUAACACAGUUCUUGGGAGGCUGCAAUGAUGCAUAUCCAAGCUUUGCAACUCUCGAUGACGUCUUUGUAGUUCAAUCCCAUUAUCGGUUAUGAACCUCCGGUAUGCCAAAGUCAAUUACAAGCUCCAAUAAUAGAGCAAUUGCAGAGUUCAUGGGAAUAAUAUUCAAUAGAUCACCAGCCAAGGCCCAUGAAAUGAAAUUUGUUGGAACACACAGAAGAUACACAAAGAAUGGAAGAAGAAUCUGCAUCACAAAGAAAACCCAAGCACUCAAUUUCUGUGUUUGCUUCAGUUUCAAGCGGCAUUCUACCUGCAGUUGGAAGCUCGCCUGAUAUACAUUCUACUCAUUUUCGCAAAUGGAUCAUCCCACCUUAUCAUCGCCAUUAUGGGUGGUGGCAGAAUUGGCUGAUUGUAUUGGUAGUGUAUACAGCGUGGGUUUCACCAUUUGAGUUUGCAUUUAGGAAGGUUAACAAGGGUCCACUGUUUUAUGUCGAUAAUAUUGUUAAUGCCUUCUUUGCCAUCGACAUCGUCGUCACCUUCUUUGUGGCUUACCUCGACAUGACAACAUACUUGCUUGUCGAAGAUUUCAAGAAAAUUGCACUUCAAUAUGUUUGCAGAGGGUUUAUAUUGGAUUUGGCCUCAACAAUUCCAUUUCAGAUAAUUUAUCUUGCUUUCACAGAAAAUGGAAAUGCAAACAAUGAGAUAUUUAUUUUUCUUAAUAUGUUGCGCCUGUGGCGAUUAAGAAGAAUUAGCGAGCUCUUCACCAAGCUUGAAAAGGAUAUCCGGUUCAACUAUUUUUGGACGAGGAUUGUAAAGCUCAUUUCUGUUACAUUAUUUGUUGUACACAGUGCUGCUUGUUUUUACUAUUGGCUUGCAGCACAUUACUCAAAUAGGGGAAACACCUGGCUUGAGAGCACUAUCCCUAAUUUUAAAGAAAAAAGUAUAUGGAGGGGAUAUGUGGCUUCCAUAUAUUGGGCAAUUACCACUGUAACAACUAUUGGGUAUGGAGAUCUACACGCAUUCAACACUAGAGAAAAACUGUUUACUAUAUUUUACUUGUUCUUCAAUAUGGGUUUCACAGCCUACUUGAUAGGAAAUAUGACUACCCUUCUUGUACAUAGCGCAAUGAAGACGUUUAUGUUUGUAAGCAACGUUUACCCUAAAUUUUAUGUAGGGUUUUGUUUUCUGUUAAACCUUUCUUUCCUUUUGAAUUUAGAUUUAUGCUUUGUUGAGCAUUUUGAUAGAGGGAUACAAUUGAUGAGGCUUCAAAAUAUGCUGCAAAACCCCCUUUACCAGAAUGGAUAAAGCUGCAAAUGAUGGCACAGCUGCAGCUCAACUUCAAGACAAGAGAACUUCAGCAGGACACUUUGGCAGGCCUACCUAAAGCCCUCCGUUCUAACAUCUAUCACCAUCUCUUUCUACCAACCGUUGAAAACACUUACAUAUUCAAAGGAGUUUCAAGAAAUAUGCUUUUGCAAUUUAGAUCAUCUUUUCAUGCCUGAAGGUUGCAGAGAUGAAAGGAGAAUACUUUCCACCAAAUGUAGAUAUCAUUUUAAAGAAUCAGAUUCCUGGGGAUUUUUACAUAAUUGUUUCUGGAACAGUGGUAUGUAAAACAUUUAAACUCUUUUCUACAUUUCUACAUUUCUACAUUUAGCAAUCUAUUACUAGAACAGUUCCUAUCAUAUCCAUCUCAACACUUUUAACAUCGACAUUAAACUCUCAACUGUCUAUUUACAAAAUAUAUUCACACAUGCAAAUGGAAGCAAACAGGUGAGAGGGCAAGCAUUACCCAUUGCUUUAAGUUUGCAGAUAGUUCAUUAAUUGAACUGAAAGCGAUUCAUUCAUUACAUUUAUUUUCCUAGUGCAAAGAUCUACUUAACAAUCUUUUUAACUCUUUUACAGUUUCUAGAAAAAGAAGGAACUCCAAAUUUGGUUGGGGAGAAUGCUUUACUUUUGGAUAUCCCACAACCUUUUACAGUAAGAACUACCAAACUUAACCAGCUUCUUCGAUUGGGUCCCCCAAUGAUCCAAAUUGUUUAAUAUCUAAUCUUUGGAAAGUAGUCUUGGAGUUCCCAUAUAUUAACUUUAAAACUCAUCCAGAUCAUUGAAAAAAAGAUUAUGAUAUCUCCUGACAGUCUUAAAAGCUUCACAGAAU